UGUUGCGAAACGUUAUGCAACAGAUGAGACAUUUUGCAACAGAAUCUGCGUAAUGAAUACAACACAGGCUUAGUCUUUUGAUAAAUAAUUCCAGCUGUAGAUAGUUUACUUAUCUUCAUAACGCAACAUAUUUGGUCGCCAUGCAUAAUGUCCUAUUACAGAGGUUCUGAAUCUAAGAGGGAACAAUUUCGAAGGUAUCUCGAAAAAGCGGGUGUUCUUGACACUCUCACCAAUGUGUUGGUGGCCCUAUACGAAGAGACAGAGAAACCUAAUAAUGCUUUGGACUUUCUAAAGCAUCACCUUGGUGUGGCUGGUGUGGAGACAGCAGAUGCCGAGACCCUCCGUUUGGGGGUGUCUGAGCUACAGCAGAAGUGUGAUCUGCUCAUGGAGGAAAACAAAGAACUCAGAAAGAGGCUUCUGCAGUAUGAACCAACACCUGAGGAUGGAGCAGCGGAGUAAUGUAGUUGGUUGAAUUGUUAUAUUUUUUUCACUGUUUGGAAGGGGCGCUUAAUGUAAAGCCAUCAUUUCUUUAUAGUGUGUGUGUGAUAUAUAUAUAUAUAUAUAUAUAUAUAACACUUCAUUAUUAAGGCAACGUAAUUUUGUUUAAGUAGUAAAUGUGGCUUCUUUGUACAGGCACCUCCUUUGUUACCAUUAUCUCCAAUUUAAGUCAAUAAAUACUCUUGCAGGAAAUAUUUCUCAUGGAAUUU